AAGCGCACGUUUCUCGACCGCUGCCGUUUACAAUAAACACGGCACGUACAAAGAGGCGAUCCCCAGUUCAGUCGUAAACUCCGUGAGGGGCCUUUCUCUGUUGCUCUUCUAUCUCCGGGUCCUCAUUUCUUCCUCGUUCGUAACAGAAAAGUGUUUUGGUUGUGCGCGUACCAUGUUCCCGCUGGACGCGUUUAGUGCGCGGGGGUAAAGAGGAGUGAUUCAUAUUAAAAAAUAAAAUUACGUGCGUGCGUGUUGCGUUUAUUAGCCGUGGGGCCACUUUGAUGCCCUCUGAGAUCCGGCGAUGCGGGGCCCCGCGGAUACGAGCGUUGUCUCUUCUUUUUGGGUAUCACUAUUAUUGUUGGAGGUUAUGAUUUUCGUCAGAAUUCCAGUAACUACAGCUGGUGCAGCUGACGAUGUCGCCCCCGUUCCAAAGGGACACCUCGUCGAUGAUGAUAUGCAAGCCUAUUUAAUGAAAUACGGCUACCUAAGCUCAAUACGCGACGGUGUCGCCGCCCUACGAACGGAAGAAUCAUUACGAGCCGCAAUCCGCGAAAUGCAGGAAUUCGCAAACAUUCCCGUUACGGGAGAACUGGACGAUAGAACGAGGAAAUUGAUGAAAGUGCGACGAUGCGCGCUUCCCGAUCGAGAGCCAUCUAACGGGCGACCGCGGAGGUACGCGUUGCAUCACGGCAGGCCGUGGGAUCACCUCGAUUUAACAUGGACUUUGGUUCGAAGCGGAAUCCCAUCGAAUAUACAAUGGGAGGAAGCGAGACAGGUGUUAGCGAAAGCUUUAGAUUUAUGGGCGAAACACUCGAAAUUAACGUUUACAGAGGUACACCAUGAUAAAGCCGAUAUCGUUGUGUCAUUUUUCAGUGGGGACCAUGGUGAUAACUUCACUUUUGAUGGUCGAGGACAAGUAUUAGCGCAUGCAUUCUUUCCCGGGGCUGGUAAAGGUGGAGAUGCGCAUUUCGACAGCGACGAAUAUUGGGUAACGACCGAAGAUGAUGACCCAAACGCGGAAGGUACAAGCUUAUUUAAAGUAGCCGCCCACGAAUUCGGCCACUCUCUCGGCUUAUCACAUUCAAGCGUCGAUGGGGCUUUAAUGACACCGUAUUACCAAGCUUUUAGUGUAAAAGACUAUGACCUCCCAGAAGAUGAUAAACGAGGUAUCCGAGCUUUGUACGGAGUUAAAGAUGUCCGACAAUGGGGGAGACUCAACCCAACAACAACAACUAAACGACCAAUAACAAUCACAUGGAGACCAAUAACAACGACAAGGAGGCCUACAACAACCACAAGGUGGCCCACUACGACAAGAAGACCGAUUUCAACAACAACGAGGACAAUCCCACCAACGAGGUGGACAAGGAAAUAUUAUACACCUAAAGAUAACGAUAAAAACAGAAAUUACCACCCUAACACACCCUUCAUUCCAAAGAAAAAAAUUAAUCCUUGGAGAGAAACUAACAAAUCGAAAGAAAAAGAUGAUCGGAAAGAAAGGAAUAAGCACACGAAAAAGGUCGAGAGGUAUCCUCCGAUUAAAGAAAAUGAAAAACCCGAUAUGUGUAAAACUAGUUUUGAUGCUGCCGCUUUAAUCCGAGGUGAAGUCUUUUUCUUUAAAGAUAGGUAUUUUUGGAGAAUUGGUGAUAGAGGUCUCUACAUCGGUUACCCAUUCUUAAUAACAUCAAUGUUCACCGAUUUACCAUCGAAUUUAACCCACAUUGAUGCAGUUUACGAAAGACCUGACAACAAAAUUGUUAUAUUCAUCGACCGGUUUUAUUACGUGUUCUCUAUGACGAACAGGAUAAAAUUAGAACCGGGGUAUCCAAAACCCUUAACAGACUUAGGUUUACCAUCAACCGUUAAUAAAAUAGAUGGAGCAAGCGUUUGGGGUUACAACGGAAAAACCUUUUUUUACAGCGAACACUUCUAUUGGAGGGUUGAUGAUGACCACGCGAAAGUUGAAUUAGAUUACCCCAGGCUUAUUAAAGGAUUUUGGAGGGGACUUCCCAACGAUAUCGACGCAGUCUUCCAAUGGAAAGAUGGAAAAACUUAUUUUCUUAAAGGGAAGCACUACUUUAAAUUCAACGAUGAGCAAAGAGACACCGAAAAACCAAAACCAAUCGGUCCGUACUUCCUUGGUUGUCAAAAUUGGUCGAAUCAACCCGAAAAGGAACCUUACACAGCUCCCGAGCAUUCCAGUGCUGCCACAAAAAGUCCACCAACCCUAAAAUUAAGUAUAUUAGUUUAUGCGAUCAUCAAUCUUUUCCGUUAAAAUUAAUUUUUAUACUAAAAAAAUUCGCACUGCCAUAAAUAUCGUUCGUUACCAUCUCCCGUCAGUUACUCCGUUACGUGUACUAGCUUUAAAAUUAAAAAUAAAAUUUUGUUACACUCAAAGUAGCACGACGGUGUUCUGUCUCAUCUAGUCACUGUUCGGAAUGAUUAAAACAAAAAUUUUUUUAAAAAAA